GACAGCUGGAAGCCGAGCGGCACAGGCGCAUCGCUUCUUUUGCUAAAAUUGUUGGAAAUAACAAGACUUCUGCUCGUCUCAGCACCUCCAGAGAAACCCUGGUCUGGCAUGGGCGACAAGAGGAGUCCCACAAGGCCGAAGCGUCAACCGAAGCCCUCCUCCGACGAGGGGUUUUGGGACUGCAGCGUGUGCACGUACAAGAACACGGCCGAGGCUUUCAAGUGCAUGAUGUGUGAUGUGAGGAAGGGGACAUCAACAAGGAAGCCUCGUCCCGUCUCCCAGCUCGUCUCGCAGCAGCAGGUAACGCAGCAGUUUGUGUUGCCCUCGCAGCCCAAAAAGGAAAAGAAGGAGAGGGUAGAGAGGGAGAAGAGCGACAGAGAGCCUGCGCUCAAGAAAAACAGUCACAAGAAGAUGAGGCCGAGAUUAAAAAACAUCGACCGUAGCAGCGCCCAGCACCUGGAGGUGACAGUUGGGGACCUGACGGUCAUCAUAACGGACUUUAAGGAGAAGGCCAAGCCCUCGUCCACCUCGGCCACGUCCUCCAGCGCAGCAUCGUCGGUGGUCGACCACCACAGCCAGAAUGGCUCCAGCUCAGAAAACACAGAGAAGGGGCUUUCCCGCUCCUCCUCACCGCGGGGAGAGGCGAGCUCAGUCAACGGAGAGUCUCACUGAGUCACGCCCCCAUCCACCUCCAACCACAUCUCAUCUGCAAGUCCACAGGUCACUGGAGGGGAACCCUACUUCUACUUUAGAGCUGCACAAAAACAGUUUUUUGCUUACUUUCCUCUGGAAUUGUGACCUAUUUAUCAAAGAACGAGAUGCCGAGCCUUCAGAUUUGGCAUGUUUAAUCAUUUGAAAUAUUCUCCUCAGCACUGGAAUUCUGCAUUUAGAAAGCAAUAUGAAUUAACUUUUACUCCAUCUUGGAAGUUGCUGUCAUCUACAUUACAAAUAAAUGUUUGGACAGUGUGCUGAACGCUAUCAGUUUUUUUUAAAUCCUCUAUGGUUUCCUUCAGAUGCACCUACCUAUCAAGAUUUUUCUGUCUUCGAUAUUUUUAUUAAGCGAAAUGUGCAGCCCCACCCUUGGUAUCAUCUUGAGUGGCCGGCAGAGUGACCUCUUCUUCCUCCAUGUGGAAUUCUCAGCCACUAUCUGGAUUCUUUACCUACAUGUUAUAAACCUGAAUAAUCUAGUACACGGUUUCUCAGUGUCCUUACACUGAACCUUCAAUCUGACAAUGAACCUUUGCUCCUGAUCUCCUGAUACUCCAAGCUUUUACUUCUGGACUGCCUCUGCUGAAGAGUGACUUUUUUGACACAGCAUAGUGGCUAUACUUGUUCUGUCACCAUUUGGUGAUUUCCAUAAUGUUUGGAGCAGGUUGUCUAGUUCAGGUAUGCUUAAUUAUGUCCGUACAAUGGCACUUGGAAGAAAAGUACAGCAUGUAAUUUUAAAAGGUUGAUACUGGUGUAAUUGUUUUUUUUUUUUUUUUCAAGUUUGUGCCACAGUCAGCUAAGUUGGACUUAAGUUAUUUAUCUAUCUUGGCUGCCAUUCAUUUUGUUCACCAUAUAACCACAAUCAUAAACCUGCAUUAAGUGAUAUUUUUGAUACAAAACAUAAAAUCUAAUUACUUUGGGUAAUGUAAAAAGCU